AUGGGGCUGGCUUCUGCCGAUGGUGGGCGGCAGAAGGGAGGGCUUGCUGGAUCCAGCGCUGCGCAAUUGCGGCCAUUUACGGCACCGAGUCAAGACGCCGAGGGGGUGAAUGUCGUGAAGCUCAUGGAGCCGGGGGUGAAUUUCUGUGCUGCCGCCUUGGGUGGGGCUGGUUUAAAGCGGCGCUUGGUGCACCAACCGGAGCUCCGUGCAUUGAUUGCGCGCUUCAGCCAGCAUCAUCCUGACAACCCUGAUCUAGGAGCCAAGCUGAGCAACGUGGAGUUCGACGAAUUGCUGUUUGCACAGAUUCGAUCAAAGAACCGUGCCAUGCUGGCGCUCCUAGCGGGGAUCGAGACAGAGGCCCCGCGAGCUUCCCCUCUACGACCACCGCGAUGCCCCGCAAAGUGGGCGGAGCUACUCUAUGGCUUAGGCACGCCGCAGUCGGUCUCGGACGACAGCAACCUCAUUCAGCAUCAGCGGGCUCUGGCCGUGGUCCGGAAGCUACUCUUGGGGGGAGUUGCCAACCUGGAAGAUAAGGCGAUUCUCGCUGAGCACGCUCCCAUCCUGGGGCGUUUGCUGGACCACUUCGGGUUCGUUUUCCCGAGGUAUUUCACCCCAGCGUUGCACCAUCUCUAUCGGCUGACCCUCUUCGGCCGAGGCGCGGUCGGGCUCGGGGUGGGACGAGCUGGCUGGCCGUUGUCUGCUAUCGAGGGUCUCGACUACUGCGUCUGGGCAGCACGCGACUUCGUGGAGCGCCCGUGGACCCGGACCGCAGAUCGCCUGCAGGCCGUCGAAUUCUGGGAGAUGAGAGCGAAUGCCCUGCUCCCCGGUGUCGAGAGCUUGACAGCGCCCUCUACGGCGUUGUACCCGCUCAACGUACCUGAGACGGAGCUCUUGAACGAGCGGCUGGGUCUGAAUCCGGACGGUGAAUCAUGCGGAGCCCUUCCCCUAGAGCACUCCUUCUGCAAGGAGCAGCGCGUGCUCGGUUGCUACCCUCUGCCGGGGUGGGAACAGAAGCGCUCCCUUCCCCAAUAUAAGCCCUUCGAGGACGAACUAGGCCGCUCGAUCGAGGGCAGCGAAGAGCACCGGUGUAGGAGCGGGCUCACGGUGGGCAAGUUUGAUGCGGAGGUCGCCUCCAAAGGGGGAUCGAAGUCGGCAAAGCGAUUGCAAAAUCACACCAAGGGCGGGUUCGUCUUCUGCUGCAGCCAUAGAGUCAUUUAUGGCUUUCACGCCAUGCUCCGGGGCGAGUCACCUCGAGACCCCUUCACCGUGCUCUACACUCGAUUGGAUCGACGGAACCUCCCCCGGUACAUUUUCUACGACAAUGCGUGCAAGCUGCAGUCGUACUGCAUGAGACGAGAACCGGCUUUCUUUGCCGACGUCCGGUUCCUGGUCGACAGGUUCCACUUCCAACGCACUGGAGCUGAGGCCCACAAGUGCGGACCAUCCUUCAACCCCGAUGCUUUCGGGGUAUGA